AUGGGCUCCCUUGCAUCGCUAGAGUCUUGUCUACGAAUGGCCCUGCCAGACACUCCACCAGAAUUGGCGAGCCCGACGGCGACUUCAUUCUCUUCAAGAUCGUCUCCUUCAGCAGAUCACAUCUGGGCCUCACAAGCACUAGCAUCUUUGCCAAUGUCAAAUUAUGACAAGACAACAGGCCGUGAUGAUCGCGAGGACCGUCGGGAAAGCACGCCACCCCAAGCCUCCAACAACCACCAGCGCCCACAACUGCCUCCCCUCAGCAGCUUGUUCGGGCCUCCAUCCUCUAUGCGGCCUCUCAACCCUCUCUCCAGCCGCCCUGCCCAUUAUCAGAUGCACUCAACCCUCGAUCGUCCUCAUACGUUGGCUGCUGGACCUCAAAGCUCGUCCUCUUACUUGCCAUCGCUAGCUGCGCAGCCCAGAACCACCUACGAAGCUUCUCCGUAUGAUUUGGUCCGACCAGUUUCCGACUCACAAUUACCAGGAGCUGGCGAAUCAAGAAGCCAGAUCAGGACGGAGUCAAGAUGGUCUCAGCAAGAUGCCGGUCGGCAGGACUACAUGCUGGGCACCCCAAAUACGACUCGCAGGCAUCUCCCUGAAUCAAGAGACGAAGCGACCGAGGGCAAAAAAGAAGCCUCAAGCUCGACUUCCCAUGCCGCAUGUACUCCGGAAAGCCUUGCUUCCAAAGACUCUCUUCCACCAAGAACUUGGACAGGCGCACAGUUCUUGCCACGCUUUUUGCGGGCUGCCGAAGUUCCCGGCGAAGGAAUGUGCUACUUUUACGACGAUGGAACUCACUGCAAGACAGUGAUUGACGGCGAGAAUGUGAAUGCACUUUGGGGUGUCACAAAAGCCGGCAAGCCAAGAAAGAGGCUUGCCAUUGCAUGCAUUACAUGCCGCGAGAAGAAGAUCAAAUGCGACCCCGACUUUCCUCGAUGUGUCCAAUGCGACAAGUUUGGCAGAGUUUGCAAAUUCAAAAAUGCGCCUAGAGGUGGCCAAACGACUUCGCCAUCUGCACAAUCUGCCGAACUAUACAGUGGAAAGAACUUGUCUUCUCCACGAGCUUCGCGAGACUCCAGGUCCCCUGUUGUCCAGCCUGCCUCUCACCAAAGCUUCGAAGAUGGCUACCACAAGCGUUUAAAGCUCGGAGCAAAUUCCUUCAGCCAUUCAAAGGGCACCUCGCUUGCUGCUUCCGACGCUCUGGAUCAUUCAAAGUCUCCUCGCCCACCAUAUCGACGCCCGUCCGACUUUUCGCGCAUUUCAGACAAUGAUCUAUGCCGUGCCUGGCGUACUGACGUGUACAUGUCUGACCCUCGAUCCAUCAACGAUGUUGUCAUGCAGUUUUUUGUCCACAUUGAUUCUACAAUGCUCAUAAACUUCUUGCCCGAGACCAUUUGGAAAACGCAUCUUGCCCUCUCGGGCGAUAGAAAGCUCCCGGAAGACUUGAUGCUUCUUUACAGCGUUCUGACUAUUGGAGUUGCCCUUUCCGGCGGCCCAAAGCAUAUUGCUUCCGAGUACGCUCAAGUCGCGCAUUAUGCGCAGAAGAACCUCGGAUUUGAUUGCCUGCAGCUCGUCCAGAGCCGUAUCCUCAUGGCUGUGUAUUACAUCUCUAUUGAUCGUAUUCACGACGCCAACGAGUUGCUAUCGUCAGCUCUGGCAGUCUCCAACAGUUUGCAGCUCAAUGUGGAACUUGAAAAGUCUACAGAAGCGAACAUGACGACCUAUCCUUUUGGCAUGUCUAGAACAGGGUAUAAGGAGAGUCGUCGUCGCACACUGUGGUCGCUUUUCAUGCUUGAGAGGUUUAAUGGCAUCUUUCCCAACAGAUUAGCUAUUAUCAACGCGGAAGAUCUCUAUAUUCGUCUGCCCACCGACAACGAUAGCUUUGAGAAGCAAAUUGAGCGAGACGAGCCCAUGUUUGACCCCUACAACCUCACAACGUCUGCGAGGCUAGGCUCGCACAACGUUCUAGCCAGUCUUGUAGAGAUGGCAUAUCUAUGGUCUUAUUGCCAAGUCACACUUUAUCGCAUUGCGUGCCGUCCAGCUGCCGCGUCGGACGAGUCAACCAGAAUACAAACUCUGGCAAGAACGAUUAGGAGUUGGUUCUCAUCUCUCCCCGAGCACCUCUCAUUCUCCAUGAACAACCUCAAGGCCUCGGCUGGCGCUGGUAAUGCUUCUUCGUUUCUCUCCCUGCACCUUUUGUAUCAUCACGCAAUGAUCAAAGUGAACCGUCAUGGCUCCGCCGCCACGGUACAGGUGCAAAAUGGCUAUGCGCACAAUUGCUUCGGCCAUGCCGCUGGCAUAGUGGAUGUGCUGCAGACGGUUGACAAUCUGCGCCGCACACAGGCAUCUCUCAUUAUGCUACCCCGUGUCACAGCCGUGGCUACUGUCGAAGCCGUCGAUGUCCUGACCGCGAAUGGCACCUUGUCAAGCCUCUCGGACCAGAUAAAAAGUGCCAGAGAUGCUCUCAUGGCAGUUGAGCGUCUAGCAAGCACAUGGGAAGAUGCCACUCGCUCCAGAAUCGCACUACACAAGCGUCUGGACGAGAUUGUCUACAUUCAGAAGCAUGGCGCAAGACCGGGGAGCCCUACCCGUGGCUACAUCGUGCUGGAGACGAGCAGCGGCAGCCACUGGCAAAUGUGUGAGCCAAUCGAUGCUCUACUACCCAGGGAGAUGGAUAUUGUAUAUACACUUCCUCUCUAA